UCAGAUGACAGUGCCUCUGCUGCGAGCAGUAUGGAGGUAACGGAUCGCAUUGCCUCUCUGGAGCAGCGUGUCCAGAUGCAGGAAGAUGACAUCCAGCUGCUCAAAUCUGCCCUUGCUGACGUGGUUCGACGCUUGAACAUUACGGAGGAGCAGCAGGCCAUGCAGAACAAGAAAGGACCUACCAAAGCAAGACCACUGGUACAAACGCUGCCUUUAAGGACUACAGUUAAUAAUGGAACUGUGUUACCAAAGAAACCAAGUGGCUCUUUACCUUCCCCAUCAGGAACCAGAAAGGAUACUGUACCUCCAGCAGCAAAAAGCACCAUUAAGAGAACCAGUUCAUCUGAGCGUGUGUCCCCAGGAGGUCGGAGGGAAAGCUAUGGAGAUUCCAAAGGGAGUCGCAACCGCACUGGUUCCACCAGCAGUUCAUCUAGUGGUAAAAAGAACAGUGAAAGCAAACCCAAGGAACCAAUGUUCAGUGCAGAGGAAGGAUACGUAAAAAUGUUUCUUCGUGGACGUCCUGUUACCAUGUACAUGCCCAAAGAGCAAGUGGAAUCUUACAAUUUGGAAGCAAAAGUAGAACUACCAGCCAAGAGGCUUAAACUGGAAUGGGUCUAUGGCUAUAGGGGUCGGGACUGUCGCAGUAAUCUCUAUCUUCUCCCGACGGGCGAAACUGUGUAUUUCAUCGCGUCUGUAGUCGUGUUAUUCAAUGUUGAAGAGCAACUUCAGAGACAUUACACUGGUCAUAACGAUGAUGUCAAGUGCCUGGCUGUUCAUCCUGAUAGGAUCACUAUAGCAACAGGUCAAGUUGCAGGGACAUCCAAGGAUGGGAAACAAUUGCCACCACACGUGCGUGUCUGGGAUUCUGUGACUCUGAACACACUGCAUGUCAUUGGAAUGGGCUUUUUUGACCGAGCUGUCACUUGCAUUGCUUUUUCUAAAUCUAAUGGAGGAAGUAGCCUGUGCUCUGUGGAUGACUCAAAUGACCAUGUGCUUUCUGUGUGGGACUGGCAGAAAGAAGAAAGGCUGGCAGAUGUCAAGUGCUCUAAUGAGGCUGUAUUUGCUGCAGAUUUUCACCCUACUGAUACAAAUAUAAUAGUUACUUGUGGAAAAUCACACCUUUAUUUUUGGACACUAGAAGGGAAUUCCCUUAUUAAAAAACAAGGAUUAUUUGAGAAACAAGAGAAGCCAAAGUUUGUCCUGUGUGUGACCUUUUCUGAAAAUGGUGAUACUAUUACAGGAGACUCAAGCGGAAACAUUUUGGUUUGGGGGAAAGGUACCAACAGGAUAAGCCAUGCAGUGCAGGGGGCACACGAGGGUGGAAUAUUCGCGCUGUGUAUGCUGCGAGAUGGCACCUUGGUGUCAGGAGGUGGAAAAGACCGAAAGCUGAUAUCUUGGAAUGGAAAUUACCAAAAAAUUCACAAGACUGAGAUUCCAGAGCAGUUUGGUCCAAUCAGAACAGUAGCAGAGGGAAAAGGGGACGUUGUAUUAAUAGGAACCACUAGAAACUUCGUCCUACAGGGCACGCUAUCAGGAGAUUUUUUCCCAAUUACCCAGGGUCACACUGAUGAGCUUUGGGGACUUGCAGUCCAUUCCUCUAAACCUCAGUUCUUCACGUGUGGACAUGACAAACACAUUACUCUCUGGGAUGCUACCACUCAUAAUCCUAUCUGGAACAAGAUUAUAGAGGAUCCAGCACAGUCUUCAGGUUUUCAUCCCUCAGCAUCUGUCGUUGCAGUAGGGACACUGACUGGAAGGUGGUUUGUGUUUGACACAGAAACAAAAGACUUGGUCACUGUACACACAGAUGGAAACGAACAGCUGUCUGUAAUGCGUUACUCACCAGAUGGAAACUUCUUGGCAAUAGGUUCCCAUGACAACUGUAUUUAUAUAUAUGGUGUAAGUGAAAAUGGAAGAAAGUACACUAGAAUUGGCAAAUGUUCAGGUCAUUCCAGCUUCAUUACUCAUCUGGAUUGGUCUGUUAAUUCACAGUAUCUUGUGUCUAAUUCAGGAGACUAUGAAAUCUUAUACUGGAUUCCCUCUGCUUGUAAACAAGUCGUGAGUGUUGAAACAACUAGAGAUAUAGAAUGGGCCACUUACACCUGUACUUUAGGAUUCCAUGUCUUUGGUGUAUGGCCUGAAGGUUCAGAUGGAACAGAUAUCAACGCUGUGUGUCGGUCACAUGGGAGAAAACUGUUAUCCACAGGGGAUGACUUUGGCAAAGUACAUCUCUUCUCAUAUCCAUGUUCACAGUUUAGGGCUCCAAGCCAUGUGUAUGGUGGACACAGCAGUCACGUAACUAACGUUGAUUUUCUCUGUGAAGACACCCACCUCAUCUCCACAGGUGGCAAAGACACAAGCAUUAUGCAGUGGCGAGUCAUUUGAAGGCAACAUCAGAGUGAACAUACACAGUUGAGUUGACCAUGCACAGAACUGAUGUAUAAACUGUAUAUUUAAAACUUAACAGUAUGUUUGCAGUUUAGCCUGGUCACUGUGAUUUUUAUUUUUUUUUUGUUUAAAAAAUUCUUACAAACCUCAGGAAAAUGAAGCCCUGUGCUGGUUACCUUACUCAGUCUAGUGAUUUGUUUUUUCAUUGUGUCACACCUUAAGAAUGAUCAUUCUCUAUUGUACAAUAUCCAAUGCAGUACAAGUUUAACAUAAGAAACAUGGCUUGACAGUUU